AUGGGGAACGCAAAAUCGACCGAAGCUGAUGGUUCUGGUGGAGAGGAGAAACAUGAGAUCAAGAAGAAGAAGGACAAGGAGAACAACAAGUAAGUACUGUACUUCAAGUCGUGAUGAAGUAACAAUUGGACUUAAAAACGGCAUAUACCAAAGGGUAGUUGGCAAUGAUCCAAAUAUAAAAAUGUAUAGACAGUGGUAAUUUUAGAACCACUACUAGCAAAGAGAAAGGACUCACAUCAGGUCAAAAGGAAAUCCUCAAGUUUUCGAUGGUGAAUGCUAAAGAAGAUCUCGGUCAUCGCAUUUACAUGAGGGUGAUGGACAAAAGGGAAGAUUUUAUGAACUUUGUGGAAGGCCUAUCAAAAGAAGAACGGCGAGAUUUAACGGAUCAUUUGAGGGAAUUUCUAAUCAAUGUAGUCGACGCUGUAAAUGAUACUGAAGAAAUGGAAAACCUCAGCAAGAGAUUUGGAAGUCAACAUGCCCAACUAAGGUCCUCUGGAUUCAAACCAGAUUUCUUUGUCGGAAUAGCUGAUGCGAUGACAACAGAAUGCGUAUUCUUGGAUGGAGCUACACAUGGAGCUACUGAGUGUUUAGUGGCAUGGUAAGAAAUAUAAAAAUAUUCGUUCGUAAAGCAUCUUUUGAUUAUAGGUCCCAGUUGACAAGUCAAGUGUUCAGUGCUGUCAGGGAUGGGUAUUACAACGAAUUGAGGCGUCUCCGCCGUUUAUCUAAUUCAAAGUCUAUGGCUGAAGAACCAGUCGAACCAGUAAAGGAUUCCGACGCCAUCUCGUCAAAUUAUGUUUUUUUAAUGUUUUUUUUGUGUAAUACGCACGUGUCUUGAAGACGCAAGAUCUAGACGGCUACCCUUCAUUUGGGGCAGAUCGGGUGUCGGUCCAAUACUUACAGUCUGAUUCAAAAUGGUAGGAAUCACUUUAAAAUCUGCAAUUCUCGUGACGGGGUUCACUUCGGAGAUGAAACCUUUACAGAUUUAGAGAGGAGGAUUGAAAACAAACACAAAAAAAAUUUUUUCUUAUUGCACUUUAAGCAAGUUUCCCCAAAGUUUGGGUGUUUCAAAAAGGAUGGAACCCCUGCUAUUUUUGCUAAAAAACCUCCAGAGUGCCCGAAAUUAUUAAUAUUACGUAAUACAACUUUCUGGACUUUAUCGAGUUUAAAAUUUUCGGAUUUUCAAGGAACUUUCAGCAUAUUUUCUGAAGCGUUUAGACUUUUCGUCCGCACAUUAUUGAUUGAUCAAAAUUUUAUCCUACAAAAACUCUUUCGGAAGAAUUUUUGUAGGAUAAAAUUGGUUCUAAAAAAUUGAGGAAAUUUUAUACUCCGCGUACAAUGUUUUGACCCCCCUCCUAACUCGGCCCAAAGUGUACUAAUCCGGACCAAAUUUGGUAUAUAGUCUACUCACAGGCUAGUAACAAAAAAUAACAUAGCAGGACAUACCUUAUAGUUGAAUUGCAAAAUCCAGGAGCAAUUUUCAAAAAUCACCUUAAAAAAUCGAGGAAAUAGUUUUGACCCCCCUUAAAUAAAGUUAGAUAUCGCCAGCGGAUAUCGCCCAAACCUCUCGUAAUCGACGUCUCAUACCUGAAUACAGGUCAAUAAAUGGUUUUCCGUUGAAUCCUUCGUUGCAUUUGAGGAUUCAACGCGUUAAACCGUUUUGGAUGUAGAGCUGCCCAAAAUGGUAAAAAUCUUGCCCUAGAGCUUUCCAAUAGCUCUAAAUUGGAUUUAGAUUAUGUGAUUUAGACCUGUAUUCACCUUCUCUUUUCGAUAAAAGUGCAUGGUGACCUGGCGGUGUAGAUCCGGCAGAUACCCUCUUGUCAUGCCCAGCUUUGGCGACUCAUUAGCUUUCUGACCUAGGGGCUAGAUAUGGUCGUUAGGUUCUCAAUGCAAUCCUGAGACUCCUACUUACUCUCAAACAAAGAAUAAACUCCCACUGACACGAUCUCGUAUGGUUUGCAGGCGCAACUUUGCCGAUCUGCACCUUAACCAGAAAACCGAGUUUUUCAAAUGGAUUUUUACCGACGAAAAAUGGCUUGCAUUAGAUGGCCCACGUAAUUUAAGAAGCUACGGCAACCGCCGUAUACGUUUGAGACGUAUCGAACGGCAAAUCGCCUGCGGGGAUGUGAUCGUCCUCGGGGGCAUCUACAGUAACGGCAAACGCAAGAUUAAACUGAAUGAAACCCAUUACAAAACGUGUCAAAUCGAAGCAGUUUACAUUACUGAGUGUAAACAGGAGUCUCAGGAUUACAUUGAGGACCUAACGGCCACACCUAGCCCUUUACUCAGAGAGCAAAUGGGUCGCCAAGGCUGGACAUGACAAUUGGAUAUCGGCCGAAUCUACACCGCCAGGUCACUAUGCACUUUUAUCGAAAGGAGAAGGUAAAUACAGGUCUAAAUCACGUAAUAAAAAUCCAAUUUAGAGCUAUUGGAAAGCUCUACGGCUAGAUUUUUACCAUUUUGGGCAGCUCUACAUCAAAAACGGUUUAACGCGUUGAAUCCUCAAAUGCAACGAAUGAUUCAACGGAAAACCAUUUAUUGACCUGUAUUCAGGUAUGAGACGUCGAUUACGAGAGGUUUGGGCGAUAUCCGCUGGCGAUAUCUAACUUUAUUUAAGGGGGGUCAAAACUUUUUCCUCGAUUUUUUAAGGUGAUUUUUGAAAAUUGCUCCUGGAUUUUGCAAUUCAACUAUAAGGUAUGUCCUGCUAUGUUAUUUUUUGUUACUAGCCUGUAGGUAGACUAUAUACCAAAUUUGGUCCGGAUUAGUACACUUUGGGCCGAGUUAGGAGGGGGGUCAAAACAUUGUACGCGGAGUAUAAGAUGUUUUUUCCUGAUCAGGAAGCAAGGCUUUGUCCCGGGUAGCCAAGAAAAAGCAGCCAAAGAUCUUAACAAAAAUUCCAUUAGUGACGAAAAGCCAGUCUUGGUCAAAAAAUAGCUUCAACUACGCUGACCCUCACACCCUAGUUUUGUCAUUUUGAGAAAAUUUUAGGCAACCACCUUGACCCUGGUUGCGACCUAGGAGGACGCGAGCUUGUGCCCUAUUCUCCGGUGUGAACACGAGUACCCUAAUCCCCGUUGGCGAGCCAGUCAAACAGUUUUGCAAUAUUGGGCCCGAUACCCGAUCUGCCCCAAAUGAAAGCAUACGUCAACAACACCACUUUAUUUGUAGAUUAGAUAUAGCCCGUGUAACUUAAGUCCGAUCUUUCAUUUUAUUUCUUUUUUAUGAGUCAUUCAAUUUCAGGUCAGGUGAGGAAUCAACGUCAGCAUCCCUGGAAGACCCCACCUCCGAAGAAAACAGGAAUUCCCAGCUACUAGCACCACCAUCAGUCACAUAUUGAAUAUGUACAAAUUAUAAUUAUCAAACAGAUCUCGUAUAUUGCAAUAAUAAAGUUUGCUGCAGUAUCCGAUAUUGUUGUGGUGAUUUUUUUCAACUCUCUUACAAGGAAAGGAACUGUCGUGAGCUUUCAACAUGAGACCCCUAAAUCUGAAAGAGCGUACAAAAUUUACGUUAGUUAGUAGGAAUCCGUUUGUUCUACUCCUUAUCAAAAGAAUCAAAAAAAAGUUGCCGAUUUUUCUUGUAAAACUAAUCGAGUGUACUCCAAAACCCAAUAUGAUAAACAAAAAUAGUACGUUUAUGUUUUUUUUAUCUUUAAGACAAAAAAAAUUAUAAAUCAUGAUACAGAUAUCACAGGAUCGUCUAAUUUGGCGAAAAGAUGUGGCAUGCCAUGGCACAAUAAAAAAGUAAUUAUCCAAAUUUCAGCCGUAAGUCAAAAGUUAUUGCCGAUUUUCUGUUUCAAAAACCAUGUUUUCCAACUCUAAAAAUCGAACUUUCAAGCCUACAGUAGUCACUGAACUAGGGUUCGGAAAAUUCGGGUAUUUUCAUCACGCGGGUAUAUACCCGAAAUCUCGGGUAUAUUCGGGUAUUUAUAAAAUUAGCCUAAAUUGGUCCAAUAUAUUAAUAGUACCAAUAUGAAGUCGUUAAUGAAUAAGUGGCAAGUUAUUCGUUAACCUAAUCAUGUUUGGAGUGAUAUUCUUUAUUUUCCCAACUACAACAAACAAAACUAGUACUUUAACAAUCAAAAAGUUUAGCAAUCCAAUAUUUGGCAGUCAGAUUUUGAAUUUUUUUCCGUUUAUUUUCCGACUCCGGCCAAGUAAAUUUCAACCUUACACUCAACCUUAGACCAAGUUUCGAGAGGCAAAAAACAAAUUAUGACAAAAGUCAGCAUUUAUUGAUUUUUUAUGACAAGACUCGACUUUUUUUUACAUUAUUUGAAUGCAAAAGUACUUUGAAUAUACCCAUAAAUACCCGAAAAUUUCCGGCCUCUCGGGUAUUUGGGUAUAUACCCGGGAAUAUACCCCGGGUAUAUACCCCGUCCGAACACUACACUGAACCGUUUUUCUGGGAGCUCUAACUUUUCGUCUAAAGUGAAUAUUUUUAUUCUGUCAUUUAUUUAUCGAUUCAUACUGUAAAAUUUACGAAGGUUAUUUGCUGUUUUAAUGGAUUUUCUUUCAAUUUAUUGCGAUUAGCCAGACAUUACUUGAGGUGAUAUCACACGAACCUGAAGGAGUUGGUCAAAAAGGCAUUUGCGUGGUGUUGCGAGAAAAAUUCUGAGGAUUUUUUUCACCCUUACAAACCAAAAUUAGGCAGCUAAGCUUUACACAUUCUGAAUCAGAAAAAUUUGCGAUUUUUUGAUAUAUAUCUCGACCUGUAACUCUAGGGCCCAUAGAAGUAUAAUAGUUUCCUUGUAAGGCAAAAAAAAAUAUUUAACAGUAUGCCAAGUAUUUGUUUUCCUGGCGUGACCCGAUGAACGUUCCGUUGUGUGUCGAUGUGCUUUUUCCAUUGAUUGCGUAAUGGGACGAAAUGUCACACAAUUAUUGAGUAGACAAACGAAGUGUCAACUCUGGCCUACAGGAUUUUUUCGCAAAGGUGUGUGCGUUUUUUGCUCGGAUCGGACUCUGAUGUUUUUCAUUUACUGCGUCGUGGAUUCACGAAGUGUCCGUAUUAUUAUUUUCUUACAAUUUCAUUAUAAUAAUUAUAUAGCUUUUUUUCGGUAGCGUGUUUCUACUGUCAUACAAAAUUUUUAAUUUGUUUAAAUUUUAGGUUAAUCAGUACUUUGCUCUCACAACAAUGCCUUCUGAUGCGAAGAAGAAGAGAGAUGCCGCUAAGAAAACGGCUGCGAAAGGCGGAAAGAAGCCCGCAAAGAAGGAAGAACCUCAAACAAAUGGGACUCAAAAUGGUACUAAUGGUACUGCCGUGUCCACCGAUCCAAUCGUGGACGCUGCUGUCGCUCUUCUUGAACAAGUUGAGAUUGACAACGCCAAAGCCAGAGCCGUUGCAGGAGCUCUCGGAUCGCAUCCAAAAAGUGUCAACUUUAAGAUCAACCAGCUUACCAUUACUUUCCAUGGACGAGAAAUUGUGACAGACACAACUUUAGAAAUUAAUCAAGGACAUAGGUAUGGUUUGAUCGGCUUAAAUGGGAGCGGUAAGUGCUGGCGAUUCUUGUAAUUUGCGUUCAGGAAAGUCCACACUUCUUCAAGCCAUUUACAACAGAGAGAUGCCUAUUCCUGACCAUAUAGACAUGUAUCUUUUAUCUAGAGAAAUGGUAGCGAGUGACGAGACCGCUCUGAAGGCCGUUUACAACGUUGACCAGGAAAGAAUUCGGUUGGAGGCUCUGGCAGAAGAAUUGGCUGCCAACCCUGAGGAUGGUUAGUUUUUAUUUUUGCAAUAAAUUUUAUUUUCUUUGUUUAGAAGCUCAAGAUCAAUUGAUGGAAGUAUACGAACGUCUUGAUGAGAUGGACGCUAGUCAAGCGGAGGUUAAAGCUGCCAGAAUCCUCCAUGGACUUGGAUUUAGCAGGACUAUGAUGAUGAAAAAAUGCAGAGACUUCUCGGGAGGUUGGAGGAUGAGAAUUGCUUUGGCUCGAGCUUUAUAUCUGAAGCCGACCUUACUUUUGUUGGACGAACCUACUAACCAUUUGGAUUUGGAUGCGUGUGUUUGGCUCGAAGGAGAGUUAGCAAGGUAAAUAUUGAGUUCAUAGUGUGUUGUGGAUCGAAUCCAAAAGUAUUUAUAUUGCAUGUUACAGCUACAAAAGAGCGUUGCUGAUUGUGUCGCACUCUCAGGAUUUCAUGAAUAAUGUUUGUACAAAUAUGAUUCAUUUGUUCCAAAAGAAGUUGAUUUAUUACGGAGUAAGUACAUUAAAUUGUUCUCAUUUAUUUUCUUGACUUGUACUUUGAUGUAUUUUAGGGAAACUACGAUACUUUCAUCAAAACCCGGGUGGAAUUGUUGGAGAACCAAGCUAAGAGAUACAAAUGGGAGCAAGAUCAGAUCGCUCAUAUGAAGGAAUACAUUGCCCGCUUCGGUCACGGAUCGGCUAAAUUGGCCAGACAGGCCCAGUCCAAAGAGAAAACUAUGGCGAAGAUGAUUGCAGGUGGGCUUACUGAGAAGGUGGAAACCGAACAGGUUAAGCAGUUUUACUUCUUCAAUCCGGGGGAUAUCCCCCCACCUGUUAUCAUGAUCCAAAAUGUGUCUUUCCGUUAUAAUGACAACACAGUAAGUAUGUCUAAAAAUGACCAAUCCGUUUUUAGCCGUAUAUUUACAAAAAUCUUGAAUAUGGAAUUGAUCUUGAUACUAGAAUUGCCUUGGUCGGACCUAAUGGAGCUGGUAAAUCCACGUUCUUGAAGCUGGUUAGUGGAUCCAUCACUCCAACCGAUGGACAGAUUAGACGGCAUGUACACUGCAAGAUUGGGUUGUAUCAUCAGGUAAACAGCGUAUUUCCAAUCUUUAAAACUGAAUUUUUAGCAUUUGCAUGAAGAGCUUCCAUUGGAUAAAUCAGCAUUGGAGUAUAUGUUGGAGUCCUAUCCAGAAGUUAAGGAAAAGGAAGAGAUGAGAAAGAUCAUUGGCCGAUAUGGAAUCACUGGUCGCGAACAGGUUUGCCCAAUCAAGCAGUUAUCUGAUGGGCAAAGAAGACGUGUUUCCUUUGCUUGGCUAGCAUGGCAGCAACCUCAUCUUCUUUUGCUCGAUGAACCUACCAAUCAUUUGGAUAUGGAAUCCAUUGACGCGUUGGCUGAAGCCAUUAAUGCCUUUGAUGGAGGUGUGAUCCUUGUUUCUCACGACUUCCGUCUUGUUCAACAAGUGGCUGAUACGAUCUACAUCUGUGACCAUCAGACUAUUACCAGAUGGGAGGGCGAUAUUUUCUCCUUCAAGAAGCACCUGACGCAACAGAUCGCUUCAGGCGAGAAGGAAUUCGUAGAACGAUAA